UGUGGGAGUAGAUCAGAGGCGGGGAAUAGGCCACAGGGCAAAUGAAGGACUGCAGAUGAAAAGUCCCACUCUCAGUUUGCCACCUUUUGUAAAAAGGCCCUCACGCCUGUGCGAUGUUGGCGCAUGUACAGUGACGCCAGGGGCUCGGCGAUGUCUGAUUGGCUCUCCACCAACGCUCUGUGGAGGUGGAAGGCUACUCUCACCGCCACUUUCAAGUUCCUUUGUGGGCGUUCAAGGCAGACCCCAGCUCCGGUCUUGGCCUUGGUGUCUGAGGCCUCAGGUCGUAGCAGCCUCCAGCACGCUCCUUCUGUUGCAGCUGCCGCAACGGCCGGUCCCAGCGCGGCCUCCAGGGCAGCGCAAGGCCGUGGCGGUUGAGAAUGAGGCGCGCCGGGUCUGGGCUGCGGAUAGCGCUCCCCAGCAGCAGGUAGUCGGUACCCGGCUGCAGGCGCAGGCAGCCACAGGCCAGGUCGACGUGGGGCACCCAGGCGUCCUGGUCGCCGCGGCGCACAGGCCGUGCCGGCUGCUUGUACACGGCCAGCACACGCACAGCCAGCUGCCGCCACGCCUGGCCUCCCGCCUUGGACGCCAGCACAUGCGCCCGGAGAACUGCGGGGAGGGGAGAUCACCGUCAGUCUCCUACCCAGGUUUGGAGAGCAGUGCCCAGUGCAGCCUGGGGAUGUGUGGUGAUCCCCAGAAGGAUAGCCUGGCCAGGCCCCGGAUGAAACCCACCCCACCCUGGGGCCAGGGACCCCUGCCAGCCAGGCCACCCGAGACUGUGUUGGAUGGCAGAGCUGUCGCCCCCAGCAGUCCUGCAGCCCAACAGACUGGAACAGACUGGCCUAGGAGGCUCAAAGCAGCCAUCAAGGGAUUCUGGGCCACCUGCCCUCCUCUCUCCACUGUCUACUUCCUCUUUGUCAUCUUCAUGGUGUCUGUCAUCUUCCACUGCCACCAGCGCUUGGCUCUAGUGCCUGUGCCCUGGGCAUACUCGGCCGGCGUGGUCCUGGUCCCUGCACACCCUGCCCAGGAGGGGCUGUUCACCAUUAACUCCAAGGGCCGCCUGGGGAACCAGAUGGGCCAGUACGCCACACUGUAUGCCCUGGCCAAGAUGAAUGGGAGGCCCGCCUUUAUCCUGCCCCGGAUGCACAGCACGCUGGCCCCCAUCUUCAGAAUCACCCUCCCUGUGCUGCAUGGAGCCACGGCCCGCAGCAUCUCAUGGCAGAACUACCACCUGAAUGACUGGAUGGAGGAGCGGUACCGCCACAUAGGGGGCGACUACGUGCGCCUCACAGGCUACCCCUGCUCCUGGACCUUCUACCACCACCUGCGCCAUGAGAUCCUCCAGGAGUUCACUCUGCAUGACCAUGUGCGUGAGGAGGCCCAGACAUUCCUCCGGGCCCUGCAGACCAAGUGGGCCUGGCAGGCGACCUUCGUGGGGGUCCACGUACGCCGGGGGGACUAUGUCCGUGUCAUGCCACAGGUGUGGAAGGGUGUGCUGGCUGACCAGGGCUACCUGCGGCAGGCCAUGGACUGGUUCCGGGCCCGCUACCGCACCCCGGUCUUUGUGGUCACCAGUGAUGACAUGGCGUGGUGCCGGGAGAGCAUCAAUAGCUCCCUGGGGGAUGUGGUGUUUGCAGGCAAUGGCCUUCAAGGCUCACCAGUCAAAGACUUUGCACUGCUCAUGCAGUGUAACCAUAGCAUCAUCACCGUGGGCACCUUUGGGAUCUGGGCUGCCUACCUGGCAGGCGGGAACACCGUCUACCUAGCUAACUUCACCCUGCCUGACUCCCCCUUCCACAUGGUCUUCAGGCCGCAAGCGGCCUUCCUGCCACAGUGGGUGGGCAUUGCUGCCAACCUUAAACAGGCCCUACAAAGUGGCCACUAGCCCUGUGCACAUCUGUUCCUCAUCCUUGGAGCUUGUGAAGAGGCAGCACAUGUCAGGGCAGGAUGUCGACUUGGGAUCUGUGUGCAGUUUGAAUCCAGGUUGAUCUACUUCAUGACGUGGGACAAGUGACUUAACCUCUCUGCCUUAGUGUGCUGACUGCAAACUGAACAUAUUACAGAACUUACCUCAGCAGCAACUCAUGAGAACUUCAUGAAUUCACUUAGAGCUGGUGCCCAGGAAACACAGGGAAGGCACUGGCAGCCACCUGUGUGUGGUGUGCUAUUAACGUUGGGUUGCUUUAGGAGGGAGGUGUGUUUCAGCCCUCUCCCUCCUACAGCACCAGGUGUUAUAGUCCAGGCAUUUUGCACUCAUCUUUUGGGAGGGUUUGGCGAGGAAGCCAUUUCUUCCCUGAAGUAAAGAGGAACUAGGUUUUGGGGGCAGCUAGGAAUUCAGGCUUUGGAUUUUGGGGGGAAAAGAGAUUUCAGAGGCUGCAUCUGAAGAGGAUGCUCUUGGUGAGGAGGGGAUUCUCCUGUGACAGACAGGGAAAGGGGCAGCACCCUGGGGUAUUGACAAUGCUAACCUGACAGCAGGAUAUGACAGCAGGAUGCAACAGCAGGCCUCAGCCUGUGGCACAAAUACAGCCAGAGCACAGAGCACAGAGCAUGGAAACAGCAGCCUAACCCCCAGGGGCCAGGAGACUGGAUCACAGCCAUACCAGUCAGCACCCUGUGUGGAUAGGGAUUGACAGAGACACCUCACACUCUGCCACUGCCUAAGCCCCUAGGACCUAAUGGCUCUGAGAAACCCCAAACACAUGGAUUAAGUGAUUGCAAUGCUGGUUUUCCUGAGUCCAGUGUAUUUUAAACUAUGGAGAUAACAGAAUUUUUAUUUAUUAUUUUUAAAAUG